CUCUGCUCGGCGGCGAACCCGCUGACAAAGGCGGAGCAGCGGCAGGACAGGGCCGCCCCCCGCCCCCCGGCAGCGGGGCCCGGCGGCGCCGGCGGGCAGCGGGGCUGGGGCGCUCGCACAAGAUGGCGGUGGGGCGGCGGGAGAGCGCGCUCCCCUCUUAGAUGCGGCCGCGGCGGCCCCUGCUCCCGGCGCCCGGCGGGGCUUACAUGGCGCUGGAGGACCUGCUUUGUCUCUGCUUCUCCGCCCUCGCUGUCCUGGCCGUGCAAGGGAGGCUGUUGGAAGGGGAUUCUUUGGAGCUGAGCUGUAGUGCUGGUCCUGCAAAGGUGAUACUGGAGCCGAACCAAGUCGUGGUUUUGGACUGUAACCUGGCCCCUGCAGAGCAGGUGAUCAAUAUCACAUGGAAGAAGAAUGGGUUUCCAUUAGUGGAGCAGGAUCAUCUGCACGUGCUUCCGAAUGGAUCACUCUUCAUUUCAUCCCAGGGUGCGGUGAAGGACAGUAAAUACCCCGAGAAGACUGGUGUUGAGGGUAAUUACUCCUGUGUGUCUCACAGCUCCCUCGGGGCUGUCACCAGUCAAACGGCUGCAGUCAGAUUUUCAACAUUAUCACGCUUUUUCCAACAGCCGGAGUCACAGACAGUGGAAGAAAAUGGCAUGGCCCGGUUUGAGUGUCGCAUCGAAGGACUGCCCCCCCCAGUCAUCACCUGGGAGAAGGACCAUGAAGCUGUUCCAGCAGAACCCAGGUUUAUAACUCUUCCAAAUGGCGUCCUCCAAAUAGUGGAUGUGCAGGAGAGUGAUGCUGGGACUUACCACUGCGUGGCAACCAAUGCUGCCCGAAAACGCUACAGCAACGCUGCAGUCCUCAGUGUUCUCAAAGGCUCCCAGCCAGCAGGAGGAGAUGUCACCAUCAUUGCUGCUCCUGAGAACACCACGGUGGUGGCCGGGGAGAGCGUGGUGAUGGAGUGCAUGGCGGCUGCUGAUCCCACCCCCUUCGUCUCCUGGAUACGACAGGAUGGCAAGCCUGUUUCCACGGAUGUGAUUGUGCUGGGCCGGACAAACCUCCUCAUCCCUUCCAGCCAGCCCCAUCACUCCGGGGUGUACGUGUGCCGCGCUAACAAACCCCAGACCAGGCAGUUCGUCACAGCCGCAGCUGAGCUCCGGGUCCUUGCUACACCCAGCAUCUCCCAGGCUCCUGAAACCAUCUCACGCACCCGCGCCAGCACAGCCCGGUUUGUGUGCAAGGCAGAAGGGAAGCCAGCCCCAACCAUCCAGUGGCUGAAGAACGGGGAGAGCAUCCUGUCCAACGGGCGGGUGAAGGUGCAGAGCAGUGGGAGCCUCGUCAUCAACCAGAUCGGCCUGGAGGAUGCCGGCUACUACCAGUGCGUGGCUGAGAACAGCCUGGGCAUGGCUUGUGCCACUGCCAAGCUCUCGGUGAUCGUGCGGGAGGGUUUGCCCAGCGCUCCCAAGAAGGUGUCAGCCGUGUCCCUCUCCAGCACCACGGUCCUUGUGUCCUGGGAGCGGCCAGAGCACAACAGCGAGCAGAUCAUCGGCUUCUCUUUGCAUUACCAGCGAGCUGUGGGAACAGAUAACGUGGAAUACCAGUUUGCUGUCAACAAUGAUACCACUGAGCUGCAAGUCAAGGACCUAGAACCCAAUACCAACUAUGUCUUCUACGUGGUUGCAUAUUCUCAGCUCGGAGCCAGCCGGACAUCCUCUUCCAUCAUUGUUCAGACCCUGGAGGAUGUUCCUAGCGCUGCCCCUCAGCUGUCCCUGUCGAGCAUGACUCCUGCUGACAUCCGUGUGACUUGGCUGCCUCCUCCUCCAGAGCUGAGUAAUGGCAAGAUAACAAAGUACAAGAUCGACUACUGCACCCUCAAGGAAGCAGAUCAGGUAACCUCCAUUGAAGUGGGUGGGAAUGAGACACAAAUCACCCUCUACUCGCUCCAUCCCAACAAAGUGUACAAAGUGCGCAUCGCGGCCAGCACCAGUGUGGGCUACGGGGCCCCUUCUGAGUGGACCCAGCACCGGACUCCUGACAGAGACAACCAGACACACGUUCCAUUUGCCCCGACAGAAUUGAAAGUCCGAGCGAAGAUGGAGUCUCUGCUGAUAACCUGGCAGCCCCCAGCCAACCAUGCCCAGAUAUCUGGCUACAAGCUCUACUACCGAGAAGUGGGCCCAGAGGAGACCAGCGAUGAAAACCCUCUGGAUGGUGCCGAGGAUGAGAGCUGGGAUGUAGGACCCAUAAAGCUAAAGAAGAAAGUGAAGCAGUAUGAGCUGACUCGCCUAGCUCCUGGGAGACUCUAUGAGGUGAAGCUGGUGGCAUUCAAUAAGCAUGAAGAUGGUUACGCAGCGGUUUGGAAGGGCAAAACAGAAAAGGCACCUGCAGCAGCAGUAGAUCCUCCUGUGCAGAAGGGUCCUCCACUGCCUCCAGUCCAGGUCUAUGCAGAGUCCAACAGCUCAACCUCCAUAUGGCUCAGGUGGAAGAAACCUGACUUCACAACAGUCAAAAUUGUCAACUACACCGUGCGCUUCAGCCCCUGGGGCCUGAAAAAUGCCUCUCUUGUUACCUACUACACAAGCUCGGAUGAAGACAUUCUCAUCAGUGGGUUGAAGCCCUACACCAGGUAUGAGUUUGCUGUGCAGUCCAAUGGUGUUGGCAUCGAUGGGCCCUUCGGCAGCGUGGUGGAGCGGUUCACCCUGCCUGACCGUCCCUCGACUCCUCCAUCUGACCUGCGGCUGCACCCGCUCAACCCCUACGCUGUGCAGGUGCACUGGUGCCCCCCUGCUGAGCCCAACGGCAUCAUUGUGGAGUACCUCAUCCUCUAUAACGCCAACAACACGCAGCCAGACGACAUGUGGACCUUGCUGACGCGUGAAGGAAAUAUCUUCAGCACUGAAGUGCACGGCCUGGAAAGUGAUACCAGAUACUUCUUCAAGAUGGGAGCAAAGACAGUCGUGGGAUCUGGUCCCUAUUCAAAUGUUAAGGAUGUGCACACCCUCCGGGAGAAGCUGUCUGAUAUUCUGGAUAUCCACUCUGUCACAGGAAUCAUUGUGGGAGUCUGCCUGGGGCUGCUCUGCAUCCUCUUCUGCAUGUGUGCCAGCUUCCGCAACAGCAAGCAGAGGGAAGCCCUUCCAGGCCUGGAUUCCCAAGCAGCUGGCAACCACACUUACUACCACCGGAGCAGGCAAGGGGUGGCAGCGCCCAGUGCCACCUUGGACUCACAUGAGCUGGAGUCCCUCAUGUCCCCACUCCCAGAGGAUGCACCCGUGGCCCUGGGGGACAUCACAGAACUGACAGAAGUGCACAGCCUCAUCCACACGAGCCUCCCUGAGGACAUCAUCCAUGGGAAGAGGAAGACUUCAUGGAAUAAAUCAGGCAACCAGCCCUGGACCAACAGCAUUGCCAGGUACGGAGACACGAUCACCAAAGAGCCGCUCUCUGCUGUGAAUGGGUCACUGAAGCUCCCCUCCAGCGCUGGACAGAAGCUUCUGUUACAAGCUCUGGUUUAUGAUGCCGUGAUGAAUGAAGCCAGGAAGAGCCACCCUCCAGCCAGCCUCCACCAAGUGGAAGCAGAGGUCAUUGUCCAUUCUGAUUUUUCCGCCUCUGACAGAGACUACGACUCCCAGCUGCACACCCUGGAGAGGGAGGAGACAGAAACUGAGGAGCAGGAGCCUGAAGAGCUCCCCUCUGGAGAAGGGACUCUUCCCAGUGAUCCCGGUACCCAGCAGGACACCAGCCAAGUGGUGGUGGACUGCACGGGCAGUUCGGAGGUCCAGGCCCAGGAUGAGCUGUUAGGUACCGACAGAAAGACUGACAAAACAGAGGCUGUUUGCACUGGGCUCACCAAUGGCUUCCACAGGCAUGGAGAAAGUCUGGAUUCAGUGGAGAGUGGAGAUUCAGACUCCAUCCAGGAAGGUGAGGGGGACGUGCAGCCAGUCAAGUGCCAGUCCAUCUCCACAGCCCCAGAGGAGGCCCCUCUCUGUAGUAACUCUGGUUUAACCUCUUCAUCCUCAGCAUCUGAGAACACGGCAUGUGUCCACAACUGUUAGAGUGAACUAAUCUGAUUUUGAUCAUGGGAGAGCUGGAAGCACUAGGAGGGGCCUGUCCCUGUGAGGUGCUGCAUGCCCUCGACUCACUGAGCCUAGCAGGAGCUAAGAAGGCACAGCAUCCCACCAGAACAGGAUUCGAACCUGUCAGCUGUACGUAUUGCCUUCAAGAAAUCAGUCGGUAGGCUGGUAAGGGCCCAUCUUCCUGCUGUAGCUGAUGAGUAACUUGGUGUUGGUGGGAGCAGGAUUGAGCCAUCUGCCAAAGUCUGACGUGAAACCAGGACUAGAACAGAGCCUUCAGUGUGAGACUGGGGCUGUCACUUCGCUGUAGUCCUCGAGGCGGCUGGCACGACGUCUUUUCCUGCUGGGAAGAGGCAGGGUACACCAAGUGAUUCCUCUCAACUGUCUCUCCACCAGGCCUUGGCACUACCUACUGCCUCGCAGCUUUGGGAUGGAUCUUGUCACAGGAGUCCCACGAGGGGGUGGAAGCCAAUGGAAACCAACUCAGCGAGCUGUAACCACCAGCCUGUUCUGCCCUCCCGUGGUUAAAAGGAUUAUAAGGCUCUCUUUGUGCGCUACCGCAGGACCUCUUUCUUGCAGGCUGAUGUAGUGGCCUUUUAUUACACACUCUACGAGUGCCUCUAACAACUUGUACUAUAUAGAACCUUCUUCAGUGUCUGGGUCGUUUCACCAACCUGGACUUUGGUUUAUGUAGGUUCUUGUACCUAAUAUUUUAGGUACACGUCUGUCCUUUUAAUGUACAACAUGUAUUUUUAUUUCCUUGGAACAUCUUUAUAUUAUUUAAUUUUAUAAAAUGGACUAGUGUGUGGUAUAGAGUAGCAUUUUUACUACUUCUCUCUUUCUUUAUUUUUUCCUCCCUAACAACACAACUACCUCAUGUCUGUUGGAGAAAAAGCAGUAGAUCUACUCUUUUGUUAAUGGUCCAUUAUGGGUUUUAACUUAUUCUUGUGCUGCCUUUUUUCUGAAGAACAUGUUUGCACUGGUUGUUGACUCCUUUUUGAUGCCCAGAGCUGCAGAUCUGGUGUCUCUCUUGCUUUGUUUCUAAGUAGUGCUGUAGGACACCUUCCCUACAGCUGGGAAGUUGGAUUGUGUUUCUCCAUGGGGCUGUGUUUUGCAGGAGCUGGCCGAAGGACACUGCUUCAGCUGGCAGGAUGUUGAUCCAUCUUUCCUUAACAAGCUUUUACUAGUGAAGAGAAAACCAAGAACCAACAAUUGCAAAAACACCUUGUGA